UCUUUCUCUCUCAAUUCUGCAAUCGCGGCGAAUCUCUCUCAGGACUUGAUCAAAGGAAGAUGUCUGCUACUCAGGAAGAAGACAAGAAGCCCGGAGAACAAGGAGGAGUUCACAUCAAUCUCAAAGUCAAGGGCCAGGAUGGAAAUGAAGUCUUUUUUAAGAUCAAGAGGAGCACUCAGCUGAAGAAGCUGAUGAACGCAUACUGCGACCGUCAAUCUGUGGAUAUGAACGCAAUUGCUUUCUUGUUUGAUGGGCGUCGUCUCCGUGCUGAACAGACUCCAGAUGAGCUUGAUAUGGAAGAUGGAGAUGAGAUCGAUGCAAUGCUCCAUCAGACUGGUGGUGUUGCAAGUGGCAUGUAUCUGUUCUUCUUUUAGUGGCUCUUCUAUGGUUUUCUAUAAGACGGUGUGAUAUAUAUUAAUGGAGAAUUUUCAAUAAGACGAUGGUGAUAUUAUUAUUAUUAAGACACUACAAUAUUAGUCGAAUGGGCUUUGCUUUAUUGAUUUUCUAUUGAUUUAAAGUAGUAGCAGCUUAAACUAAAAAGCUACUUUCGCCGAGUUUGGUAGUUGAAUCAUCUUGCCCGGCAUGUUUGCUUGGUGCCCGGUCAUGUUGAUGUUCUUAUCCCUAACAAUCCAAACUUUCUAUAUGUAGCACUUCACUGUUUCAGUACGACCCUGGCAAGAAGUUUCACAAUAUAUUCAGAGAUUUACUAGUUCAAUUCAGAAGUGAGUAAAGUAAGGUGACAAGCUUGAGAGAGAAAGCUUUGUUCUUGAGCCCUCAAGGUCGAUAUCUAUAUAGAGGUUAUACUAAACCACAUUUGGGGGGUUUGUCAAAGACAAUCUCAUUUACUACAUCGUUGGUACACUAAGAUUUGGGGCGUUGAACUGAGCCUUUUUAAUGGAGGGUAAGCAAAUGAAGAAGCUUUACCAUGCAAGAUUGUGUAAUUGUCUGCUUUGGGUCACACCUGGAGGUGUUCUUCAAAGAUGGGUUUCUAGUUUCGUAUUGCAUAGUAAAGGGUCUAUAUUAUAAUAAAAAAGUUUUGUUUUUUGUGUUUAUACAUUGCACUUGUCAUAACAGAAUCCUCGAGGAUUGUUUUACAAC